CUUGUAUUUGCGGAUAAGCGCACCUUGAAAAGUAAUGCUUUCAGGCAGUUCUUUGUCCGAAGAUGAUCAAGUUGCAGUUACGAUCAUGAAGCUCUUGGAUACUUAACCAUUUCGUGCCUGAUGCACUGUCAAGACAAUUUUCAUCUGUUUGCGCAUCCACUUCAAAAGACGGAGCAAGAAAUAUGCUACGCAUGUGGACAGCUUAUACGAGACCGCUAUCUACUUCAUGUGAACGGACGAUCUUGGCACGCAUGCUGUCUAAGGUGUUCAGUGUGUCAAGCUGCACUAGACAAACAGCCCUCUUGCUUCAUAAAAGAUGACAAUGUCUACUGCAGGACAGAUUAUGUAAGGCUUUUCGGAGCGAAGUGUGCCAAGUGCUCUCGGACUAUCCAUGCGUCGGACUGGGUCCGACGAGCAAGGGACCAAGUCUACCACUUAGCCUGUUUCGCGUGCGAUUCCUGUAAAAGACAAUUGUCAACGGGGGAAGAAUUUGCUCUCCAUGACAGUCGGGUACUUUGCAAGACCCAUUUUUAUGAGUGCAUGGAUGGUGGGAAUGGGUCUAAUGACGAAAAUACAGAUCAAGAUCACCAACAGAAAGCUAAAACAAAACGGGUUCGAACGACGUUCACGGAGGAACAACUUCAAGUAUUACAAGCCAACUUCAACCUCGACUCGAAUCCGGAUGGUCAGGAUCUAGAAAGAAUAGCCCAAAUUACUGGUCUCAGUAAAAGAGUAACUCAAGUAUGGUUCCAAAAUUCAAGGGCACGACAGAAGAAAUAUCUCAACAAUCAAGCCAAGAAAGCUAACGCCAUCUCUAUGCCCUCGAUGACGGCUGCGACAUCUUGUCCAGGUUGUGGAAUGCUGUACUGUCUAUGCUCCCAUCCCAGCUUGCAAUUGAACAUGAGCCAGGUGGCGUGACGAUACGAUCCCGACACGGAGGUGCCGGUGACCCUUGACUCAAACAUAGUUAAUCAUCUCUAGGGUGGUCAUCCUGUACUGUCCAGUGAUUAAAAGAAAAGAAAAAAAUAGAAGAAAAAAAUGUGUGCAUUCUUCCCGGCAUAUUCCCUUGUUGACGAUUAUCCAAAAUCCUGUUGGAUAUGCCAAUCCAAGUGCUGGGGAGCAAAGGACUCAGAUAAAUGAGGUGGCGAGCUUUCUCGACUUCUUCACACGCCAUUCGCCAACAAGCGCAAGUUUUUUGGCUCCGCAUAUGUGCCAAAUGUAUACGACUUAUACGAUUAGUGAGAUUUAUUUUCCUUUUUUUUUUUUUAAUUUUUAAAACACAACUGAGAAUGACACUGAUGAAAAAGCAUUUUCUAUCGCACAAUGAGAUGCAAAUACAAAUUUUCCAUGAAAGAUUUCAUUGGUAUGAAUUUUGUGUAUAAUGCAAUGAUUAAAUGCAAAUUUUUGAGUGAUUUUAGUCAUGGGAGUUUUGAGUGCUAACACUCUGUUAGUAUGUUUAGGACAUGGUUGUAAACACUGAUUUAAGGACAUUACUGCAGCACAAAUGAUGCAAAUACAAAAUAAGAGAAAUUUUUUGUAAUUAAUGAAGAGUUUUGAUGAAUAAAUUUAGAAUAUAAAUAUUAAAAGUCUUAUUGUUUCCAGCAUAAUCAGUUUGAUCUGGAGAAAUAAUCAAAAAAAUAUUUUACUUUUGUUGAAACUUUUCAUCAUCCUGGGAUCCCUUUGUUGAAUUGGGAAAUACAACAUUCUAGAACGGCACUCUUUUAAUAACAAUAAUAAAAAGUCAUUAUAUAUGUAGAAUUUUAUGUUAGGUUAAAUAGAUCUUUUCUUGUCAAACAGUUUGGGGUAAAUGUUACAUUCUUUCUAAGGCUGAUAACAUCUUUUUGAGA